UGAUCUAGAAACAUUCCAACAUCCUAGUGCAACAUUUUUUUCUUGGGCACAGCACAACUUAUUUAUUAAUUAAUUUACCUGAAUAAUUAUUUUUUUUUAAUUCUUAAAGUAAUCGACUUUAUCAUAAUGUCGAUUCUUAAAAAUGGAAUGAAACUACUUAUUAACAGGUCCGCUAAAAAUUUAUUAGGAAAUAAGUGUCUGCAUACACCUUCAUCACUGGACACUGCUAAAAAUGUUGGAAUCAAAUCAUCAAUUGCAAGGGCAUAUACUUCUGGUGAAUCAAAUGAAGAUAAAUUUGCCAACAUGCCAGUUGAUCGAAUUACAUGUACAUUGAUUCCUGGUGAUGGAGUGUAUCCUGAAUUAAUGAACUCUGUUCAAACUGUGCUAAAAGCUAUUGGAGCACCAAUUGAUUUUGAGACCAUUUUAUUUUCUGAAGUACAGCAUUCUAGCAGUGCUCAAGUUGAAGAUGUUAUUAAAUCAAUAAAUCGCAAUAGAAUUUGUUUAAUGGGAGCAUUAAUGAGUCCUGAUGUAAGUUAUUCUGGAGAACUACAAAACUUGCACAUGAAACUUAGAAAAGGCUUAGAUUUAUAUUCGAAUGUUGUCCAUGUUGUUUCCUGGCCUGGAGUAGCUUCUAGACAUAAAAAUAUUGAUAUUGUAAUUAUUCGUGAACUUACUGAAGGAGAAUAUUCUGCCCUUGAACAUGAAUCUGUUGAUGGAGUUGUUGAAUGUUUAAAAAUUGUUACUGCUUCAAAAUCACAAAGAAUAGCAAAGUUUGCAUUUGAUUAUGCUCUUAGAAAUAAUCGUAAACGUGUUACAUGUGUUCAUAAAGCAAACAUAAUGAAACUUGGAGACGGUUUGUUUUUAAAAAGUUGUUCAGAGAUCAAACAACUGUAUCCUAGUGUCAACUUUGAAGCUAUGAUUGUUGAUAACUGUACUAUGCAGAUGGUGUCUAAUCCUCAACAGUUCGAUAUUUUAGUCAUGCCCAAUUUAUAUGGCAAUAUAUUAGAUAACUUAGCAGCUGGAUUAGUUGGUGGAGCUGGUGUUGUAGCUAGCUCAUCUUUCAGCCCUGAAUGUGCUGUUUUUGAACCUGGUGCAAGACAUGUUUUCCAAACUGCUGUUGGUAAAAAUAUAGCUAACCCAACAGCUAUGUUGAUGUGUGCAUCAAAAAUGUUAAGGCACGUUAACCUCCAGCAUUAUAGUGAAGCCAUAAGAACUGCAAUUAGAGAAGUGCUUGCUGCUGGCAAAGUGAGAACAAGGGAUCUAGGUGGUUCAAGCAGCACUCAUGAAUUUACUGAUGCAGUUAUAAAAGCUAUUGUUUAAGUUAUUACUUAAUUAUUUUUGAGAGUUAAACUUUACAUUUUCCUGUAAUAACAUUUACCAUUGAUUUAUUAUCAAAUUUCCUCAGUAUUAAUGAAAUGGGUUUAGAUUUCAAAUUGUAAUUGUGUUAAAUUAAUCAAUAGUUUCACUAUUAACU